AGUUGCAACGCGUUUGCUUUGUUAUUUUGGAGCUAAAUUAUUUCUCUAUACAAAUGAAUGUUUAGUAAAAAUGUGCUCAAUGAAUUUCUAGCUAAUAGAAGAUAUACGUUUUACAUCCCUAUGUGUUUCAUCUCGAGCAAUCGAUGAGUGAGACAGAAACAAGAUGGACCCGAAGUACAGGCUGCUUUUGCAGCGUUACCAACAAGAUAUAAUCAAAGACCUGGACGUUGAAUACAUAUUAGACCAGCUGUUAACCAGUGAUGGAAUACUCUUUGAGGAGUAUGUUCACAUUCGAGAGAAUAUGAACGACAGAGUAGAACGUAUCAGGUAUCUCAUAGAUAUACUUAUUAAGAAGGGCACAAAUAAGUCAUAUCAAGCGUUUGUAGACACACUAGCUAAGGACUAUGAUUGGCUCUGGCAGAAGUUUACCACGGAGGAUGGUAAAGAUGACAUUGAGAAUAGUUUUGAAGAUAUUCUCGGCCGAGGUGACGUACCUCGCUUACCUGAGUUCUAUGUGCCUCGAAAUUCAGUAGAGAGAGAAGUAGCUAGUAAAUUGAAGGCACUGACUAGACAUAAGAUCCUGGCUCUAUACGGCAUGAUAGGGUCGGGCAAGACUGUGAUAGCCAUAAGCGUACUGCGGCACAACCGAGACAUAGUUACGUCUAACUUCAAUAGUGUAGUGUUUUGGCUCAAUCUAAGCAACUGUAAGACUGAAGAUGAUAUUGUUAACCAACAGAAAAAAUUACACCGCAAGAUCUCAACAAUGUAUCCAACUCAAAACUCUCUAAUGAACUCUACAAUGUCAAUGUCAAGUAUUGGCUCCACUGUUGACUCUUUGACCAGCUAUGACUGUACGUGGCAAGAGUGGAAGGACAAACUGAAAAGAGUCUUUGAAGAUCCAAUAUUGAAGGAGGCGUUGUUGGUGUUAGAUGAAGUGAAUAAGAGUGAUUGUUUGAACGCAUUCGACGUUGGCUGCAAAAUACUGAUCACGACUCGAGAUACUAAUGUUCUGGAGAACUUUGGAGCGGUGAAAGUCAAUAUAGACAACCACUUCACUGAAUCGGAGUCAUUGGAACUACUUGCAUCAUGUCUGGAUAUCAACGUAAGCUCCUUACCGCGGUACGCUAAGAAGUUACACCAUCUGUGUGGAGGCAGCCCAUACGAUAUGGCUCUCUUAGCGGCCGAGUUUGCAGAGAAUAGAGAGAUAUUAGUCCACGAUCCAAGCCGAUGGAAGUAUUAUAUUGAGAAGCUGAGGAAUAGGGAGUUAUUCUCAUUUUCGAAACAUUCGUAUAAACAAAUGAAAACAAUAGAGGUUUGCAUCAACUCGCUAAAACCGGACAUAUUACCGUUGUUUAAAAUGCUUGCAGUAUUCCCGGACGAUGUAAAAGUACCAGCUAAAGUUGUAAGCAAACUUUGGAACGUAGAUAUACCUAAAGUAGAAAGCAUAAUGCGACAGUUGAAGAGCAAAUCUCUAAUAACACAAACAUAUGAUUAUGAACAGAAGAAAUAUCUGUAUGAGAUCCACUAUUUGAUUAUGAACUAUCUACGCACAAGUACAAGCGAUGAGACAAUGAAGAAAUUGCAUUUGGAUCUGCUCAAAAGUUACAACUACACUAAUGAUAAUGACAUACCAGUAGAAAUACAGGAUGAUGGUUACAUAGCUUUCUAUGUUGGAUAUCAUUUACUACAUACUAAAGACUUGAAUAACGCUUGGAGAAUGUUUAGUAAAUUAUUUUUGAAUUUAAAAUUCAUUGGCAAUAAAGUGAGGUUGACUGGUAUAGCUGAUGUCAAUUUGGAUCUGCAAAACUAUGAGGAGAAAAUAGUUAAAAAUAAUAAUCACGACAGAGACCUGCUAUACAGUUUAAGGUGCUAUUUGAACAGAUUUGGGUACGAUCUACAUCGUUUUCCAUACACUGACAUCAUACAGAGUAUACUACAGAACGAGAGGCCCGGCAUACUGUAUACUGCCGCUAUGAAUGUGGCUCAAGAGAGAUGCGCGAAGAAUGAACUGUAUUUUGAGUUUCUACAUGAACAAGACUCUGAAGAACUGAAUCAGAAAGUGAUAGAUGUGAUGGAAACCGUCACUUGUGUGUGUUUUCUCGGCGAUUUGGUCCUGGUGGGAACUAGCAGUGGUCUUAUAAAGUUCUUCCAAAUAGAUACGAACAAACUUAUAAAAGAAAUAACGACGAGCGAGUCCUAUAUCAAGUGGAUUGGUGUCUGUCCCGUCAAGCUACAGCUCGUGGCGUCUUUGGCGGGUGGAGUGAUCAAACUAUGGUACAUCGAUGACAUAUCAACGUCGCACAAUCAGGUGAAUGAUAAUAAUGAUGAUGACGUCAUAGAAGAAGAAGCAGAGGAAGCAUACAACAAUAACUAUCCAAGCAACAAAAUAAUCACAUCUAAAAAUGGUCAAUUUAUAAACUGUCGCUGGACAAACAAUGAGGAAAAACUCAUAGCUCACACGGCCAAAACUAUUACCAUAUAUGGCAUAGACGGUAGUAUUAUUCAAGAAUUAGAUAUGAUAGACAGAGAAAUACUAUGUUGCGUGCCAUGUAACUAUGAUAAGAAUGUGAUCAUAGCGUUCUAUAAUAGUUUCUACAGCUUGGAAAUGAUUGACCUAAAAACGAAUGUGCGACAAAGCUUGAGCGAAGAGAAUGAUUUGGUGCUCAAUAUUUUGACAGUGCCAGGCACUAAGCGUAUACUCGUGCUCAAGAAGAGAGAAGUAACAGAAUAUAUUUACCAAAGUCCGAGGUAUAGAGGGGAGAAGCGAAGAUCUGUAAUCACCAGCUCUAUGGUCAGAGACAACAUGUGUUUCUUGUCUAUGGCCGUGAACAAGACUGGCACUCUGCUCUUCGUGUCUACGGACGAUGGACGAAUUAUUUGCGUAGAUCUCAUGACUUAUGUGUACCUGUUCGAUCUACCUAAUAGGAGAGGUAACGUAGUGUCAAUGGCCAUGAGCGAGGAGUCAAAUCGUGAUGACUUCGAGCCCGGCUCAGACGUGCUGUUGACUGGCACCGGAACUAUAGAGAACUCCGCCAAAGUGUGGUUCUUGGAUGCGUCGUUUAUAAAGCAGAACGCUGAUAAGAAUGGCAAAGUACCGCUUACAAAGAAAUUCGAUGCGUCUUUCAUAAACGUAUCAUCGCCAUACACUCCAAGCUCAGUAAGCAGUAGUAUUCCCCAGUCGACACAUAAUACACCGAAGAGACACCAAUCCUUUGUCAACAGUCAGGAAGUGACUAAGAAAGUCGUAAGAACUACCAUGAGUCUGGACAGACAUUCACUCAAACCGUUGAACUUGAAAGGCAUAUGUAAUGGGAACAGUGAUAGUACUACACAGCCACUGAUAGCCGUUGUUGACAAGAGUGAUAAUAUACAGGUAAUGAGAGGUACGAAAUUACUGACACAAAUCAUGACCAAUAGGGACGAGAAGGUUACCGUUCUGAAAAUAACACCUUGCAACCAUUAUGUCAUAUACGGUCUGAACACUGGUAUAGUGAGGAGAUUCACUAUCAAGACCAAGGAAAUCAUAGAUAUCAUGGACACUUAUAGUCCAGUGGUAUAUUUGAACUUUGUGAGCUCAAAUCUGAUGAUAGUUGCCGGAGAGAAUCAAUGUAUGAUGGCAUACAGUUUGGUCGGUGAUAAAUGGGAGACUAUGAUGCUGCAGAAGGGAAAGGCUAAUUUGGGCUCACAGGAUCUACUUAAUGGUAUACAAGGUGUAAAGAUAAGGAAUCGCAACGACAACGAAUCCAACAGCAGCGAGGAGAGUGUGGAGCGAGUGUACUCGUACUCUGACGUCAAGUCGUUGUGUAAAGGGAGUAAUCUUGUCAACAGCUAUUGGAUACAGGAGAUCGGUCUAGUCACAGUGGAAUCGAACGCUACAGUGAAAGUGUGGGACACAAAUCUGAAAGUGUCUAACGUGCUUAACGGGCGAGAGUUCGAGACGUGCGUCGAACACGCAGACAUGCAGAAGAAUACACUAGUACUGUGUCAUCACGAGUAUAGCUUUCAGACAUUCAAAAUCCAGAAAUGCAGAGACAAAGACGGCUUCGAACUGAAAUCCCUGAAGCGGUCGCGACUCAACAGCCACAUUGUGUCGUGCGCGUUGACGGACGAUGGCAAUAUACUGGCGCUGGGACUCAGCUCGGGAGAUAUCGUGAUAUGGAACGUGCCCAAGAACUGGCAGAUGCUACUACUGAAGCACCACAAGUCGCGAGUACAGUGGUGCGGCUGGUCGCCCACGCCUACAUCCGGCCCUGACGAGCCUCCGCUCGUGCUGCUUAGCGCCGCCACUGAGCUCGUGUGGUGGGACAUAUCGUAUCUGCGCACGCGCAGCGGGCAACCGAGGCCAAGUCUCGACGCUGUAACGCCCAUGACAAGUCCAGUAGACGCGAGAAGCGAGGACAAACAAGCAGACAAGAAGGCCAACUUCUUCUUUGGUGACAGUGUCAGCUUGCAUCAGUGUUGGAAACUCAACUGGCGACGGAAAACAUUUAAAGAGGGAUCUAGAAAAAAGGAGAUACUAUCGUGCAUCAAGCUAUCCGGUCUUUACGCGAGUCAUGUCUGUCACGAUGACAAGUUCGCAUGUUUCGUGACAGUCGACGACACGGGACAAGCACAUAUCAUGAGUGUCAUGGAUUCUUAAUGCUGUUCUGCUCGCACAAUAUCUAUUGUCUCUCUCGCUCAAAAGGAAGGAAAAAGGAUACAAUUUCACACAAAUGCUACAAUUUCAACGACACAGGACAUAAUAUGAGCGUCAUAGAAUCGUAGUAUUGCUGUCCUGCUCGCACAAUAUUUUAACGACAAGGAUACACGCACACGUUUAGCGUUAUCCAGGACUCGUAGCGUUGUUGAUAUCCCGCUUACACAGUAUAUGCCGUCUCAUUCGCAUAUUGACGAUCGCUGGUGUACUUUUCAGUAAGAUAUUAUGCAAAAUGCUGAAAAUUGCGAAUGAAAAUCCAAAAGAUGCUCGAUAUUCUAAGAUUAAGAUCGAUCAAACGAUCAAAAAAGUUAUUUUGGUAAAUUAAGUACUCAUAUGUACUGCUAAAUGUGCUUUAAAUAUGAAAUUAUAAUAUGUGUUACUUAUGAAACUACUGGUCAUAUCGUAGGACAAGUUAGUCGGAUUCUAUUGUCUUUUGACUGUUAGUAUCUUGUAAAGUAUAAUCAUAAACUCACUGAUAAAGUGUUAAGACAGCAUUUUUCUAUAUUACAAGGUUUGCUUGUCUCUUUCUGGCAUAUUAGAAAAUUAACGAAUGACAAGGACAGCGAACCAUAAAUAAGUUUCACUGCAUUAAUAUAUUUAUCAGUAAGAGGGAAAGUCUAUAGCUUUAUGAUUUAAGUUAAAUAAGUUUUAAAUACGUAUACCUAAAUAAUGGUCUCAA